ACCGCGGCGGCACACGGUUCGUAGGGGACGCUCCGCGGCCCGCGUGGAAUACCCGGCGUGCUCGAGCUCGCGUGCGUGUGUGAGUGAGUGCCUCGAUCAGUGACAGCCUUCCCCUGGAGAGCACAGCCCAUCGACGUGACAAAGCAGGAGGAAUCGUUGAGAGUGGUGCGCGGAAAGUGACGAGCGAGGCGCGCAAAUGGAUGUGGAUUUCGUUUUCGUCGGGUGUGACAAAGUGCCAUCUGCCGGGGCUGCCGGCGCCGGGCCCCGAUAGGCCGGUCUCUCCACCGCCGACCAUCGCAUGUGGAUAUAAAAGGACAAGCGGAUUCGCCGAGUCAUGGCGUCGCUGACGGGCCUUAACUGCCUGCUGCUGGCUGCCUCAGGACUCGUGCUGCUGCUGGGAGCGUCCUCUGGCGAGCAUCGAUGGAACCCGGAGCACAGGGCGCUGUGGGCGGCCAACGUGCAGGGCCGGGGCGGCCGGCCGGCCAGUCCAAGAGGCACGUGGCGUCCGGGUCGCCGGGGACGUCGCCGCGCCGCGCCUGGGUGCCGGGCUCCAAGAUGCCGCUGCACCACUACCCCUCGGACCGCCGGGAGGUGCUUCCGGGCGACCUGCCCGCCGACGACGCGCUGCAGUACCUGGAGGGCGCGGACACGGAGGUGAGCGUGCGCAGGGUGGCGGCGCCGGGCGGGGCCGCGCACCACGCGCAGCACCACCCACCAGGACAGCGGGGAGCUUCGCGGCGAGGAGGAGCGGCCCGCCGUAGGAAGGGAGAGACCCGCAAGACGCACACCAGGCACCACAAGCAGCACCAGCAGGUAAGCAGGCGACGAAAAAAAAGUCGACGGCGCGUGUUUGAACCAGGUACCUCCGCGUCGAAGACCGGUGCGCCAGUGCUCUCGGCUACAGCCGCUUCUCACCUGCACGCUCGGCUUGGCUGCGACCUGCCACCGCAAGUAAUUAAUACGCGUGUGAGAAUGUGUUCGAAAAAAUAAAACUUGCGGCCUCCGAGUGGCUGCUGCUGUCACCGCCAAUUUCUCCUCUUUACGAUGCUUUCCGCGCCGCCUCUCUCUCUCU